AUGUCAAGCAAAAUUACGUGCUAUCUGGAUUGCGUGUCGCCAUACUCAUACUACGCUCUACUGCAUAUUGAGAGAAACAGACAGGUCCUCGAAGCGCACCAUGUAGAGAUUGAUAUAGUACCCGUCUUCCUAGGCGGCAUCAACGUCGGCAGUGGAAACAAGCCACCCUGGACCCUCGACGCCAAAGCAAAGUAUGGCGCGUACGACAGCGCGCGAGCGAAGAAACACUUCGGCCUUCCGAAUCUACAGUCGCCGGAUUUCUUCCCUAUCCUCUCACUGCUACCACAGCGGGCAUUAUGUGCUGUGAAGGAAGCGCAUCGAGAGAAAUUCAUCGACAUCUUUUUUGACAUCUUCCACGCCAUGUGGGAGAACGGCAGGGAUGUCAGUAAGCCGGAGAUCCUUUUAGAAGUACUUCAGCUGCGUCUCAAAGCAGACGAAGCCAAGGAGAUCAUGGCCAAAGCAAAUAGCCCACCGUACAAGCAGAGGCUGAACGACAAUACCAAGGAAGCGCUCGACCAUGGCGCUUUUGGUUGCCCAUGGUUCUUCGUACGCAAUUCCAAGGGGGAAGAAGAGCCGUUCUUUGGUAGUGAUAGGUAUGUGUCUUCUUCACUAAAACUCACUUGUCCGUAUCUUGACUGGCAUCCUCGUAUGUCCGGCUAUGCAUAG